UAAAACAUUUUGUUUGUGAUAACAAAAUGAAGAUGAUGAGUAAAAGCUGUAACGGCAAAAUUCUGCUUUUGCUGCUAAUAACUACUUCUUUAACGUCAAUAAUAUCGAAAGGUGCUGCUUCUGCUAAUAAUGCAGACCAAGAGUUGGAGUUUCUGAAUGAGGAGAAGCACCACUUUCAAUCCCCAAAAGGGAUGCUAAGAAGGACUUUUCCAAAGGGUUUUGUCUUUGGAACUGCAACUUCUGCCUACCAGGUUGAAGGCAUGGCUGAUAAAGAUGGCCGUGGACCUAGCAUUUGGGAUACAUUCAUCAAAGCUCCUGGACGUGAACCCAACAAUGCUACUGGGGAAGUGACAGUCGACCAGUACCACAGAUACAAGAGAGAUGUUGAUCUCAUGAAGAGGCUGAAUUUUGAUGCUUACCGAUUCUCAAUUUCCUGGUCAAGGAUUUUUCCAAAUGGAACUGGGAAAGUAAAUUGGAAGGGAGUUGCUUACUACAAUAGGCUGAUAGACUAUAUGCUUAAACAAGGUAUUACACCUUAUGCCAAUCUUAAUCACUAUGAUCUCCCCCAAGCACUUCAGGACAGAUACAAUGGGUGGUUGGGCCGCGAAGUGGCGAAAGAUUUUGCUGACUAUGCGGAGUUCUGUUUCAAGACAUUUGGAGACAGAGUGAAGAAUUGGUUUACAUUUAAUGAGCCUCGAGUCAUAGCUGCUCUAGGAUAUGAUAAUGGAUACUUUGCACCAGGAAGGUGCUCCAAAGCAUUUGGAAAUUGCACAGCUGGAAACUCUGCAACUGAGCCUUAUAUUGCCGCCCAUAACCUCAUCUUGUGCCAUGCAUCAGCAGUUCAGAGAUAUCGCGAGAAGUAUCAGAAGCAGCAGAAGGGAAAGAUUGGCAUUCUCCUUGAUUUUGUCUGGUAUGAACCUCAUACCUACUCAAAAGAAGACAAUGAUGCAGCUCAAAGGGCAAGAGAUUUUCAUAUUGGAUGGUUUAUGCACCCACUUGUAUAUGGUGAAUACCCAAAAAAUUUGCAAAACAUAGUAGCAGAUCGGCUACCCAAGUUCACUAAAGAAGAGGUGAAGAUCGUUAAAGGCUCAUUUGAUUAUGUGGGGGUAAACCAGUAUACCGCCUACUACAUGUAUGACCCGCAUCGAGGACAGCAAAAAGAUCUUGGCUAUCAACAGGAUUGGAAUUGCGGAUUUGCUUAUGAUCGUAAUGGGGUGCCAAUUGGUCCAAGGGCUCAUUCUGACUGGCUUUAUAAGGUACCUUGGGGACUCUACAAAGCUGUCAUGUAUGUGAAGGAGAAGUAUCAAAAUCCAACCAUUAUACUAGCAGAAAACGGAAUGGAUGAUCCAGGGAACCUGACCCUCCCUGCAGGCUUGAAGGAUACAGCAAGAAUCAGCUAUUACAAAGCCUAUUUAGCUCAACUCAGGAAGACAAUGGAUGAUGGAGCUAAUGUGAUAGGUUACUUUGCCUGGUCAUUGCUCGACAACUUUGAAUGGAGAUUGGGUUACACUUCCCGUUUUGGCAUAGUAUACGUCGACUUCAAAACCCUCAAGAGGUAUCCAAAGAUGUCGGCUCGUUGGUUCCAGAAAUUACUUCACCGACAGCCCUGAAUAGUUUUACUUUUCUUCUUUGUUUUGGUUGGUUAGAAAUUGCCUUGUCAUAGAAUAAACUUUGAUUGGUAUCCGAGGGUGCUUUGUUGAUUACCAACCCGUGACUAUGCCUCUUCACCAGCCGUUAUCCUUUUAGUAAUAAAUAAUCACGAGGAUUUUCUUCUGCAU